CUCUUGCAUUAGUCCUGUCUGUGCCUUCAGCAUUGACCAGUUAGUGACGGCUCUUCUCUCAGCCUCUAGCAGCGGUCUUAACUGAUCAUACAAAGGCUCCACUGGACCAUAAGACAGCCUGUCUCAAAGCGGCCCCAGAUUCAAGACAAGGACAUUUGCUUUCCUGAGGAUUUUUUUUCAGGACUUGGGAGCAAGUAUCUAAAUUAAAAAUUGGAAUAUCUUCCUUAAAGAGGACUGUGCCAAUUGGAUGAUCAAAACUGGGGUCCAUUUAUUGCCGUAGUGCUUCAUCAAAGUGUGUGUGCCUCUAAGGGUUUUUAAAACCUAAAGCUGCAGUGCUGGACUCUUGCAGUGAUUCCCGGUUGUUUUCUCGUUAGUUGACUAAGUCUUGGCCUUAAACAUGGCGUCAUUAAGAAGUUUGAUUCUUGCUUUGUUGCUGGCACUGCUCUGCUCCUUCCACACCCCGCUGGCACCCACCGCAAAGGCCCAGGACCUGCCAUUCCGCAAUGAAGAGGGGCUAAUGGCUGAUGAUGAUGAUGAUGAUGAUGAUGAUGAUGACACUGUGACAGCUGUGAUAAAUGUCCAUGCAAAGAAGGAGAUAAAUCUAAACACUGUGAUGACUGUAAGAUGUGCAAUUUCUGCCACGUUUGUCCUGUUUGUGAAACAGUUUGCAAGCCUGGAGGAUUUGUUGAUGAAGUCACWGGAUCGAUCUACAAGACUGUAGCCGAUGUCUUUGAUGAUGAUGAUGAUGAUGCCAACUGAAGCCAACCAUAUGUUGCCACUAUGUGGCCAAACUAAUAAUUACACUUUUGAUUUUUGUUGUCUUUAUUUUUGAUCYUUGGGAACCUUACACAUUUGCUUGAGAACAACUGAAGAGAAGUUAAGUAAUGCUCGAGUAUAUUUGUGUACUGUUACUGGCUGACACGUUAUACUUUUAAAGAAACACAAAUUAAAACUAUUCUGGAUUAUGUUAAAUAAAAGAGGUGACAUUUU